AUGCAAGGCACAAGGAGAUCAUCGCUGACGUUCUGCGCCAUGACUUGUUGGCGAACGCUCGACACCGAAGCUCGAGCUACGUCCUGGAAGCGGCACUGUUGCACUGCUCUACCAAGGACCAAGAAAGCCUUGUGCACUUCCUGGUCCAGCCUCACAUUGUGGCAGAGCUUGCUCAAGCUGACUUUGGUGUUUUCGUUGUUCGAACUUUGCUGA